UUUGAUCCUGAGCGUCUGUCUCGGGCAGUGCGAUGAGAAACGUAUGAUGGCCAUUAUCGCGUCCAGUAUGAGUGGCCACCUUCCGAGUCAACUUACGCGAUCUUUAGAACGAAUAUUGGAAGAAGCUCACUUAAGUGGAGAAUUGAAGUUGACAGGGAGAAAGCUGAAGGAUUUCCCGAAUUCCAGAGGCAAAUAUGAUCUCAGCGACACCGUCAUUGCAGAUUUGUCAAAAAAUAGGUUUGGUGAGCUUCCUGUGGAGGUUACAGAAUUCUGUUCCCUAGAGCGAUUACUACUGUACCAUAACACCAUAAGAUCGAUACCUGAUACAGUAGUGUAUCUGCAGUCAUUGGUGUACCUGGAUCUUAGUCGAAACCAGCUCUCCAUUCUUCCCAGCUCAUUAUGUCAAUUACCACUGGAAGUUUUGCUGGUAUCAAACAACAAACUUGUAUCUCUCCCAGAGGAGAUUGGUCGCAUCAAGACACUUGCUGAACUUGAUGUGAGCUGCAAUGAAAUUGCACAUUUACCUCGACAGAUUGGUGAGCUGCCUGCACUAAGGUACCUCAAUCUUCGUCGCAAUCUUCUGUCUGAACUCCCUGCAGAAGUCACUGAGCUCAGUUUAGAAAGGUUGGACAUAAGUAGUAAUAGAAUAUCUAAACUUCCCAUUGAACUAAGAAAUAUGAGUACCUUAGUUGAACUCCACUUAGGCAACAAUCCAAUGACUUCUCCUCCUUCAUACCUGUGUACUCGAGGCCGUGUACAUAUAUUUAAAUAUCUUGAAAUUCAGGCCAUCAAAGAGGAUAAGAAAAAGGGCAUUUUGAAUGAAGAAAUUAGGAGGGUUCAUAGAAAAGUUAGUCAUUUGUCAGACGCCAGAUUUACGAAUGGAAUUAUGCCUGAUGGCCGACCGAAGAGGUAUACAUCUGACAGUGGCUACAGUACCAGUGAAGAUAAACGAUGGUCUCAAGAAAUUCGAGGGAUGGAAGACUUAGGGAAGAUGAAAGGAAUAUGGCCAAGACAGGAGGGUCUAACCAUUCCAGUGAAAGUUCCAGACACAAAUGGUAGUUGUAGUGGCACUUCAACCCCAUCAACGAUCAGCCCAGGAGAUAGUCCCAACCUGGAAGAUGAACUCACAAAGGCUAUUAUGGAGAGUCGCCAGAUGGACAAAGAUGAUUCACGGAGAACAUGUACCAAAGAGGGUAUGAAAACUGCAAAUGGGAGCCCAAGGUUUUCUUCGAACAGUGUUAACAAGGUUGUCUCAAAUGGACCAGCUUUGUCACCAAGUACAGAAGUAUUUAUGAAUGGGAAUGGUUUGGUUCCAAAUGUGGAGGACAGUAAGAAACCUCUGGAACACAUACAAACUUAUAGGGAAUAUAAGGAAGCUCUCAGACAACAGCGUUCACAAGAUGUCUACAGACCUCGACUUCCUGCAACAUCUGAAAAUCCUAGCGAUGGCCUGAGGCAACAGAACGCUUUCAAUCAGGAAGAAGAGAUGUCGCAAAUGCGAAUGGACAUUCAGAAAUCAUCAAGGCAGAUACUUGAAGAAAGUAUGAAUAAAAGGCCAGUUCAGAAAGUCAUACCAUCUAGAAAUGGAUCUGCAGUACACUUUCAAGAACCUCCUACUAAUUCAUCCCCUACCCUUGUGAAUGGGAACAGAGGACUGGAUUCAUCUGCUGGUUGUUACAUAAAGCCCAGUUCUCCCAUUAAAACUCCUACUACUUUGGCCCAAGUUCCUGGCUCCUCUGCAAAUUCUGGUACUCCUGGAAGUCCCCGGCUAGUCACAGCUUCCAUUGUUUAUGCAAAUUCAGUUCCUGCGUCUUCCAAUGGCAGUCGUAAUCCCAGUCAGACUGGUCCAAGGUCUCCAAAGAUUGGAUCAUCACGUGGCAUACCUUGGAACAGAGAUGUUCCACCAGACAAACUUAGUUUCACUAUGCGGCGUGAAUUUGAUAAAGCUCGUGAGGAAGCAGAGCUAACGGAACAACUUCGAAACUGCAUUGAAACAAGACUAAAAAUGGCUCUUCCUGAUGACAUAUCAUCUGCUUUAGCAGAUGGAGUAGUUCUUUGCCAUUUAGCAAACCAUGUAAGGCCACGAUCUGUCGCCAGUAUUCAUGUCCCUUCACCUGCCGUACCGAAGCUUACAAUGGCAAGAUGUCGGCGGAAUGUUGAUAACUUUUUGGAAGCAUGCAGGAGAAUUGGAGUUGAUGAGGAGGACAUAUGCUCACGUGAUGAUAUAUUGGGGCUAUUGAGGGUGGGAGCUGUGACGCACACCGUUGCGAGCCUUUGUGCAAAGCAGCAGUCACCACCACGUUCAACGCCAGACCAUAUUGUCUCACUUCUCUGCCUCGCCUUCUUUGUGGGGACACUGGUGCUUCUGUAUUUCUUCCCUCCUCCUGAUUAGAAAGGCCAGAACAUAAGAUACUUGUUGAUCAAAUAUGUAUCGAUUGUUUGACUGAAACUCUCUCAUGCACAUUCGUGAAAGAGACACAGUGAACUCUUAUAUCAGUAUUAUUAUACAAUUUGUAUUUUUAUCAAACUUUUGAAUACUAUUGAUUCUUGAUGUAUUUUUUCUUUUUCUUUUAUAAUAAACAGUAAUUAAUUGUACAUGAUAUUUGCUUCAGACUUUAAGAAUGUGUUUCAGAGUUUCUGUCAAGAAAAAUGUUGUAUCAUAUGUGGUUGAUUGUAUUAGUCAUUAAGAUAUUUAUGUUUGCAUGAUGAUGAUUAUAAGGAUACAUUUUUAUUUAAUGUCUGAAGUAUGUGAUGUAACUCUGGAAGUUGUAUUAUUGAAACGCUAUAACUAUAUUGAUUUUUUUUAUGAAGUGGUAUUAAUGAACAGAGUGAAAUUAAAACAAAUAAAUCAUAAAAAAUUCUUCUUUUACAGAUUUAAUUCUUUAAUAUCUCUAUUGGAUGUAAUGCUGUGUUCGUAAAAUUUUUCUGCACCAUACUUUGUAACUAAAGGGUAUUCUAUAUUUUUCUUGAGCAACUGUCACUAAUUAUUUCUGGAAUUAAUUGUUUCUGCUAGAAUAAAAGUCAGUAGCUAUUUCAUGAUGAAAACCUGAUUUGAUCAUAAAAUUAUUGAUUUUUAAAUUUGAGCUGAAGGAAUUAAGUGUGAGAUUGAAUCUCAAAAAUAUUCCUCAAAUCGGAAAUAAAUUUCAGAUAUUUAUUUCAAUCUUUUGAAUGCACGUUACUUUUCUACCAAAAUAAAUUAUAUUACUGAACACAAAUAAUUAUAGUAAAUGUAUUUAAAUAAUAAUUCUGGCAACAUUGUUAAUAGGAACAACUCAGAUAGUUAACAUCUUAACAAUCAACGAAAUUGUACAAUAGAAGGAAGGAACAUAAAUUGAAGGAUUGGUCUAUGCAACAAAACUUUUGUGCUAGCAACCAUAGUAAAAAGAGAAAGUAGGUUUGCAAAAAUUUGAAACUGUUAAUCAACCUUCAACUAUUUGCAAACCAUUAUAAAACUCUGUAAUUGUUUACGGAACAUAAUGCAAAAUGUGUUUCCAAUGAAAUUUUGGUGGCAAGUAUGUAGUGUUUAAAAAAUUUUUAUUAUUUAAAGUAUCAAACGUUAAGAAAGGCAGGUCAAAAUUGUAUAAGGAAAGGAUUUGUCAUAUGCUUAUGUCAUUCAAAAAUGAAACUUCCUUCGUAAGUAUAUUUCUUUUUGCAAAGAUGACUUAAUAAGUUCCUUCUAAAUGUAGUGACAAUUACACUCUACUGACUUUAUUGUUUUUUCUGCAAGGGAAGAAAAUGCACCUUGUAUUUCAUUGUAAAUUCAUUAAUUAUUUGGUUUUUAUGUCUUAUUGUACAAUUUCAAAUUGUUUCUCACACAUGAAUUUUUCAUUAGUGAUUGAAAUAAGAUCAAAAAUUGACUAGUAAAUCUGACAUCACUGAUGUAUUAUUAGAAGUUUUACUUGACAUCAGUUAUAUUUACAUUGUGUGCUGAAUGGAAGAUGUUACAAGACAGUUUCAACUAAUAUUGGAUAUUGAUUUAAUCAUUACAAAUCUGUGUCAUAUCAUAUUUCAAUAUUAAAUUUACUUUUGAGGUUAAAUUUUAUUAAAUAACUCAUUAGCAAUGUUCACAUAAAAACAGAAUAUGUUUGUUUUUGAAUGUUUCUUUAUUUUAUGAAUGUUUUUAAAGAAAAUUGAAGCAUUUCUUAUGCAAUUUUCUGUUGCUUUUCAAAAAAAUUUCCUGAGGUAACAAAUACUGGUGCAUUAAGAUCUUGACAUUGCAUGCAUCUUUGAGUCUUUUUUCUCUAUCUUUUAUAAGAAACCUAUUAAAAUUUUGUAAAUUUUUUUUGUUUAAUGAAUUAUUGUGCACUCAAGUGUCUUAAUAUCCAAAAAGAUAUUAUACAUGCAUCUGUCAUUAAUAAUAUACAUAGAGUAUUUAGGUAUUAAGUCAAAAUGGGCUGCUAUUUUCAUGGUGAAAUAUAAUGUAAGUAUGUAAUAAUGAUACAACGUAAUGUAUUGGUUAAAAAGCACAUAGCUAGUCAGUUGCCCUGUUAAUUUGUAAUGAACAAGCCAGGGUGUGCGUUAUAAUAGAGGUGCCUGUGGUGGUUAUAAUCUAGUCCUUGACAUAGGAAAAAAUAUCCUUAUAUAUGGAUGUUUAUAAUUUUGUACAAAUGGCAGUUUAAUUUUGUGAGCUGUUUUUAUGUUUGGUAUUUAUGAUGCAUUUACUGUUAGACUUCUGGUGGUUCCUAGCAGACCCUUAUUUUUAAGUAAGAUUGUAUUAAAUAGGGAAAUCUCUUUUAAUUCCCACUUUUUUGUACAAUAUUCAUUUAUGUAUUACAUCUAAAAGUAUAAAUUUUCAAUGUAAAACCAAAGCUGUUAUACUGCAAUUUACCCAAAUACUGCGACUUGGAUAAAUCAUAGUAUAAUUUAAUGAAUGUUUGAUCCAACACAAUUGCUACCUGCUUCUUUCACUGUUAUAAUCAUUUCUCAUUGAAAUGAAACAGAUGUCUGAUGUAUAUUUUCAUAAUUUUCCUCUUCUCUCUCUCUCUUUCUCUUUUUUUUCUUUUUUUC